AUGUUCAAGUAUUUUGUAGUUUGUCUAGCACUCUGCUCAUUGGCCGAUGGCGAACGGGUUCAAGAAAGUGGGAGUGAAAUCAUCCCGAAUAUUGAAAAAUGCAUCAAAGAGUAUCCAUUGACUGCGGAGGUGAUCGCCCAGAUAAAGCGGAUGGAGAUACCCGAUUUGCCUGAGAUGCGUCCAUUUCUGCUGUGCCUUUCCCUGGCGAUGGAUAUCUUCUUCAUCCCCGAGGGGUUUGAUGUCGAUCGCCUGGAUGAUGUGAUCGUUACGGAUCUAAGUCAAGACGAGAAACUGCAAAUUAUCCACAAAUGCGUGGAUCGUAACGAGCAGAAGAGUCCUGCCGGUGAGUGGGCAUUCCGUGUUCACAAGUGUCUUGUUACCAGUAAAAUUGGCGAUCUUGCUAGAGCCAAAAAGGCUGAAGCCUAA